GAACGGUGGCAACAGCAGCAGCAGCAGAUUAAGAAAUAAGAAGCGCAGAGAAAAUAAGAAUUUUCCAUUUCGUUUAAAAAUAUAUAGAACAAAACUCAAUUUGUUUUUAAGAAAAUCUCGAAUUUUAAUCAUAUGACUUUUGUGAUUGCAUAUAUUGGAUGCAAAAUAGAUACGCGUAAGCGACAAAAAGAAUCAAUCAAAAUCAUCGUUUCGUGUACCCCGCCGCCGUACCUUGAGUCGUCGACUGAGCAAGUGAAGACAGUGUGGAUAAGUGGAACAAAAAUAAAACGAAGGAAAAAAAAUUGCGGCAAACAACAAAAUAAAAUUCCAAUUUCGUAUUGAUAACAUAAUGUCGAAGACGAAAAAACAAUCAUUGCCUGGUGGUGGAGGAAGUGUUGGUGGCGCUGAGCCCAUGGAGAUUCUGUGUUACAAACCCAAAGAUCUAGUUUGGGCUAAAAUGAAGGGUUUUGCACCUUGGCCUGCUAUGAUUGUAGAGCCUCCAAUAGAGCUACUGUCAAAUGCACACAAAUCCAAUUCAAAAUGUGUGUUCUUUUUUGGAUCGCGUAAUUUUGCUUGGAUUGAAAGCGCCAACUUAAAACCCUUCGAAGGGCCAUGGAAAGAUCAACUAUCCAAAUUAAACAAACCGGCAUCGUUCCGCCAGGCAAUGGAGGACAUUACAAAGCACAUAGACGAUCCAACCGAAAUCGAUGGAAUCGUUAGCAAAAGUACUGGCAUACGAAGCCAACCCACAGAAGCUGAUUUUGAUAAAAUUCGCGAUGGUUUUAAUACUGAAGAUGAGAACACCAUUGACACACAUGCAAAUAAUCUGGACAACAAUGGAGAAAUUCAUUCCGACAUUGAGGGCGCAAUUGGCGGUGUGGUAACAGUGACCAAGACACCUGUUAAAAGAGUGCCAAAAGCUAAAGCUUCCACUGCACCGAGUACUAAAUCCAAAUCCACCAUAUCGAAGGCAGCAACGAAACGUAGAGUCUCGCAAACGCCGGCAACCGCAAAACGUAGACGUAACGAUAACACACCGCCACAUAUCACCAAUGAUUACAUAGAGGAGCAUGCCUCUCCUAGACGUAGAAUUAUCACAGAAGCCUUGGCCCACAUUGGUGGUCAUGCGAGUCCGCCCCGUCGUAAUAAUAAUUCAAUAGCUUUGCUGGAACGUCCACAUGUGAGGGUGCCAGAAACUCAGACAAUCGAUAUGAGUACGCGUUCACAGACAUUGGCCGAACGUGAUAUUGUACCUUCAGAUUUGACAUUUGGCUUCCUAGGUUUGGGCAUUAUGGGAUCUACCAUUGUUAAAGACUUGAUAUGUACUGGACACAAAGUUGUGGUGUGGAAUCGUACAAUGUCUAAAUGCGAGCCAUUUAGAGAGGCGGGGGCCGAUGUCAAAGACACACCUGAAGAUGUGGUCAAUGCAGCGGAUAUUAUCUUCUGUUGUGUCUCCGAUCCAAAAGCUUCGAAAGAUUUGGUGUUUGGCAACUGCGGUGUCUUACGUGCUGAUUUAUGCAAUAAAGCCUAUGUUGAGAUGUCAACAAUAGAUCCGGAAACAUCACAGGACAUUGCCGAGGGUAUUACGCAAAGCAAUGGCCGCUAUUUGGAGGUACAAAUUCAUGGCACCCGCGAAGAAGCAGAAAACGGCAUGCUCAUCAUUUUGGCCGGUGGUGAUCGAACAGUGUUCGAUGAAUGUCAGUCCUGCUUCAAAACAAUUGCCAAAAAUACAUUCUUUUUGGGAGCAGAUGUUGGUAAUGCGUGCAAAGUAAACUUGAUACUGCAAACCAUAUUGGGCGUAAGUUUAGUUGGUUUAUCAGAGGCCUUGGCAUUGGCUGAUCGUUUCUCAAUUUCACUAAAGGAUAUUUUGGAUAUUUUCCAAUUGACGUCAAUGAAAUCAGAUUUAUUGUUAGCUAAAGGAAGAGAAAUGGCCAAGGGCGAUUUUAAUCCCCAACAACCACUUAGCCAUAUGCAAAAAGACUUGCGACUAGUUCUAAGUAUGGCAGAAAAUCUGGACCAAUCGAUGCCUGUUACAUCGAUAACAAAUGAAGUUUUCAAACAUACCAAACGUCUGGGCUACAGUGAACACGAUUCCAGUGCUGUAUUUGUAAGAUCCAGAUUUUAACAAUUAGUUAACACUGCGACACUGUUAUAUGACACAGCUACAACAACAACAACAACAACAGCAGCACAUACAAUAACAACAUCAACUACAAAAGCCCCAGCAGAAAUAGCAACAACAACAACCACAAAAACAAAAAACAACAAUAAUAUUUAAUGGUGAUAUGUUUGUAUAUCAUUUAGGAUAUUUUUACACGGAAAAAAGAAAUUGUAGGAGAGAACGAAAAAGAAAAAGAAAAACAAAAUGCAAGAUAUUGCAAACUUUUUGUUUAUUUAAUGUAUAAAACGGAAACAGAGUCUAACUGUCAUCUGAGUGAUUCUGCGAGAAAAGAGGCAACAUAAAAUUGUAUCAACUCUAAACCAUACGCCGCCGCCACCGCCCUCACUCACCACCACCACCUCCACCUAUCCCAAUCUCAGUUUUUCCCUGUAACUUUGGUUUACAACAACUCCAUCUAACUCGUAACAUUUAAAAAACAAUCUAGUUUAGCAUGUGUCUGUGUGCGUGUGUGGGUGUUAUUUUUCUAUUCAUUUACCCACACACUUCUAAGGCAAUUUCUUAUUAAAACGCUCUUUUUAUGGUGUUUUCGAUGUAUAGGAAAUAUUCUCUUAUGAAAUAUUUUUUAUUAUUAUUUUGUUUGUUUUUUUUUAAUUUAAAUUUAUUUUAACUGUAAUACGCAUACAUAUACAUACAUAUUUACUUUAGUAAAAAGUAACAAACAUUAAUUUUCAAAUGUUCUCUUUAUUUUCCCGAAUCAAAAAAAAAAACAAAAAAGGGAAGCUAUCGCCUUGUAUUCCCAAGUGAAGUUUAGUAAUUUCCAAAGCCAAAUUCUUUUGAGCAAUUUCUCAAGCCUAAUGAGGAAUGUAAAAUGUAUCAGGCAUUCCACGCAAGCAAGGACAAUAUUUACACUGGAAACUCCACGAGUGGUAAGAGAAUAACCAACAAGGCAAACAGGCAAUUCAGACGGAAACACACAAAUUUCUCCUUAAACCCUACUGGUCUUAAGGAAAGUUAAGAAGCCUACUAAAAGUAAAAGUCAAAAGUGGUAUCCCCUCUGACACCCGAAGAAAUCAAUUAUGUUGUUGUUUAGGUGAACCGCUGGUGUUUGUAGUUCAUUCUCUUAUGCAGUUUUUAUUGAAAAUGUUAUAAUUUUCAACAACAACAAUGAUUUUCUAAAAAAAAGGAUAAACAUUUUUCAUUGUUUUUGAUGUUAUUUUCCAAAAUCACAUUUUAUUAAGAUUUACCUAUGGAGUAGAGUGAAAAAUCAAAACAGAUUCUAUUGAUUAUUUCUAUCCUUACUGCUAGCAAUAUAAACAUUAUUUCUUAAAAAAAAUAUAUUCAAAAGAAACCACCUCCCGCAAUGAUGAAAACAAGAAACAUCAAACUAUGUAAUACAAAACUUUAUCAAGCCCAAAACAAAAUCAAGCAUCAACUGAAAACAAAUAAAACCUGUUCAUCGAGUUCUACAAUUUUA